UUCGUUCAUCUCCGCCCAACAGCACAACUCUGAGUCAUCCCGGUUGCCCUUCACCCCCCUUACAAAUCCAACUUGAGAUUAGAAAAAAAAAAAAAACAUUACCCUUUUAGAUCUAUCAACAAAAAGGAAAAAAGGGAAAAAGCCAUAAGCAUCAGCCUCGUCUGCGAUAGAGAGAAGAGGGGAAAGGAACAGAAAUAGAGAAAAAAACAUAGACAAAGAGUGCGUGCAACCGGUGUCCGUGUCCUCCGCAUCCCACAUCCGCAUCCCACCCCCAUCUCCUAUCCCGCCAACCCCCGGAUUCCGGAUCCCCCGCCCAUAACCAUGGGCACCACCACCACCAGCACCACCCCUCCCCCUCCCCCUACAACCUACACCUACACCCCCCGCACAACCGAGACCCUCCUCGACAUCGCAACCGCCGUGAUCCACCUCCUCACCCUCUCCCACGAGACCCUCGGCGUCGCCGAGUCCCUGACCGCCGGGGGCGUCAUGUCGGCGCUGACCUCCGUCCCCGGCGCCAGCGCCUGCUUCCGCGGCGGCGUCGUCUCGUACGCGACGCCGCUGAAGCAGCAGAUCCUCGGCGUCGACGCCGCCCUCAUCGCCCGCGAGGGCGUCAUCCACGCCGACGUCGCCGAGCAGAUGGCCAGCGGCGUGAGGAGGGUCACGUCCAUCACCACCACCACCACCAACAACGACGACGGCGGUGAUGGGGGAAGUGGGGCAAGCAACGAAACGACCUGGGGCAUCGGGACGACGGGGGUCGCGGGGCCGACGCCGCAGGACGGGAAGCCCGUCGGCAUGGUGUACAUCGGGAUCGCGGGGCCCGAGGGGAGUCGUGGCUAUGGCCCCUUUAGCUUCGAGGGGACGCGCGAGCGCAUACGCGAGGCUACGGUUAUGGAGGCGCUGUCGCUGCUUCGGCAGGAGUUGGUUGCGCGGAAGCGGGGAUGAUGGUUGUGAUUAUUUAUGCUGGGAUGGGGAAGAAGGAGGUGGGGAAGGGGAAGGGAGAAGGGGAGGAGGAAAGAGGAGGAAAGAGGAGGAAAGAGGAGGAAAGAGGAGGAAAGAGGAGGAAAGAGGAGGAAAGAGGAG